ACAGGCGCAAGUUCUACUGCAAGGCCAAUCUCUGCAGGUCUGGGACAAUUCUGUGCCUCUGGUAGAUGUCAGGCCUGGGAAGCACAGUGUGCUGUAUCCUUUCACAACAUUCUGUUUCUAAGCGAGAUGCUCUUGUCACUCAGGAGUCACUAGCCAAUCAGGGCCUCCAGGUGGACUGCCCGUCAGAAUGGGCGAGCGCUUCCAGUCCGCCAUACUGCAGGCAUCAGAAGCCCUGACCUGAGGGAAUCUCUGUGUUGCGAGUGCUGUGCUGUGACCGGCUGCCGAGAGCCGUGAGGAGAGCGGCUGAGCUCGGAAUCCGCCAUGGAUGCGGUGACCUAUGAGGAUGUGCAUGUGAACUUCACUCCUGAAGAGUGGGCUUUGCUGGAUCCUUCCCAGAAGAGUCUCUACAAAAAUGUGAUGCUGGAAACCUAUUGGAACCUCAUUUCUAUAGGGUUCAAAUGGGAAGACGAUAAUAUUGAAGAACAUUGUCAGAGCUCUAGAAGAAAUGGAAGGUAUGCCAUCUGUCACUCUGGAUACAAGGCAUGUGAGCAUAAGGGACAUGCAAAGAAGCGUUGUACUUCUGUCUUUCGCAGAAAAGCUGGAAGAUGCGUAGUAGUCCCAUCUAUGAGAAGACAUGAUGACUGUGAUACAAGUUUACAAUUAAUUGGUUUUUCAACUUCAGAGGGAAUUCAUCAACAAACUCACACUGGAGAAAAACCUUAUGAGUACCAGGAAUAUGGAAAUUCAUCUCUCUGUACUGGUUCACUGUGCACCUGUAGUGUGGCUCACAGUAUAAGAAAAUGUUGUGGAUGCAAUCAGUGUGGUAAAAUUCUCAGUUCUUCAAGUUCUCUUCAAAGAUGUGAAAAAACUCAUGUGGGAAGAGAAUAUAAUAAAUGUGAAUCAUCUACUAAAGGCUUUAGCCAUUACAGGCAUCUCCAAACACAUCAAACACUCAAUAAUGAAGAGGAUCUCAAUGAAUAUUAUCAACAUGAUAAAACCUUUAGUUCUGAUUCCUCUUUAAAAGUACACCAAAGAACUCAUUUGGAAGGAAAACUUUAUGAAUCUAAUCAAAGUUAUAAAGCCUCUGAAUGUCACAGUCUUCAUCAAGUACAUAGAAUUCAAGCUAAAGAGAAAAAGUAUGGAUACUCUAAAUGUGAUAAAUCCUUUGAAUGCCCCACUAAUCUUCAAAUACAUAAUAGAAGUCAUACUGGAGAGAAAUCUUAUGAAUGUAAUCAAUGUGGCAAAGCCUUUGCAUAUAACAGUCAUCUUCUCACUCAUCUAAGAAGUCAUACUGGAGAGAAACCCUAUGAAUGUAAUCACUGUGGUAAAGCCUUUGCACGGAAGAAGAAUCUUCUCUGUCAUGAAAGAAGUCAUACUGGAGAGAAACCCUAUAAAUGUAAUCAGUGUGGUAAAGCCUUUGCAGAGAAGUAUAUGCUUCUCAGUCAUGAAAGAAUUCAUACUGGAGAGAAACCCUAUAAAUGUAGUCAAUGUGAUAAAGCCUUUUCAAGGAAGAGUAAUCUUCUCAACCAUGAAAGAAUUCAUGCUGGAGAGAAACCCUUUGAAUGUAAUCACUGUGGUAAAGCCUUUGCACAGAAGAGUAAUCUUCUCAUUCAUGAAAGAAUUCAUACUGGAGAGAGACCCUAUGAAUGUAAUCUAUGUGAUAGAGCCUAUGUAUCAAAGAGUAGUCUUCACAGUCAUGCAAGAAGUCAUAAUGGAGAGAGACCCUAUGAAUGUAAGCAAUGUGGUAAAACUUUUGUACAGAAGAAUAGUCUUCAAAUUCAUGAAAGAAUUCAUACUGGAGAAAAACCCUAUGAAUGUAAUCAAUGUGGUAAAGCCUUUGUCCAGAAAAGUACUCUUCACAGUCAUGAAAUAAUUCAUACUGAUAAGAAACCCUAUGAAUGCAAUGAAUGUGGUAAAACCUUUGCAGAGAAGAAGAAUCUUCUUGGUCAUGAAAGAAACCAUACUGGAGAGAAACCUUAUGAGUGCAAUCAAUGUGGUAAAGCCUUUGCACUGAAGAAAUAUCUUCUCAGCCAUGAAAGAAUUCAUAGUGGAGAGAAACCCUAUGAAUGUAAUCAAUGUGGUAAAGCAUUUGCAACAAAGGGUUAUCUUCUUAAUCACAAAAGAAUUCAUACUAAAUAGUACCAUAUGGAUGUAAUCAAUAUGGUAAUUUAAGAUGUGAGCUGCCAUGUGAGUGCUAGAAACUGAACUGUGUUUUCUACAAUAGGUACUUGCUGGAGUCCAAUUCCAUAGGGGUUCAGGUCCCAAAGAGGUAAUCAGUUGUCACCAAAAGAAGGAGACUGCCAUGAUCUGAGCAUGAGUCAGCAUAGCUGCUGCUUUAUUGAAAAAGGAAUACAGCUUUUCUAUGCUAUAACUGAAUAUUAGUUUAGACUCAAGCAAGAUUAUAAGCAGACUUAAUGAUUCCAGGAUAAAAGCAGGCAUCAACCUUAUCACAGCAUUUUUCCUGAGACAAAAAGUGAUAGUUUCACCAAGUAUCUAAAGACCUUUCUGGAUGUGAGCCCAUUGUUUCCUUUCUUAUCCCUGGGACCAGGUGUAUCCAGUUAGUGCAUCUUUAAGUUCUCUAUUCUUGGUGUAAUCGGGAACAAAAUGGGCAUUCUUGUGUGAGAAUAGGCAUAUUUAUCAUGCUAUGUGAUUCCAUGGUGAUGGAGAUUUUUCAAUAAUUUUUUUGAAGAGACUGCCUAUGUAUACAUUCACAUCCUCUACUGAAGCCUGCAAAAAAAUAUUUCCCUUAGGCAAAAUGCAUAAGGAGACUUCAUAAUAUAUAAUGGGAAUUAUUAAAUAAUUUAUUAAAUAAAUUAUUAAAUAAAGGUAAAGGUGCUGGUGAAUUAAAAGAUCUGCAAUGUCAAUAUGCUCGUACUUGGCCAAACAGCAAUGGUCACCGUGCAGUCCACGCCAGGUACUAAACUGCUAAACCAUCUCUCGGCCCUUUAUAUUUCUUUUUAGAUUCAGUUUAUUCUUGUCUUUGUGAGUGCACAUGCAUAGUGUAGUUUGAAAUCAGAUAACAGCCUAUGGUACUCAGUCCUUCCUUUCUACCAUUUGGAUCCUAAGGACCAAACCAGGUCCAUCAAUAUUGGCUGCAAGCACAUUUACCUGAGGAGGCAUGCCAUGAUUUCCACUGAGCCCUGAUAUUUUUUUGCUAAUCAUUUUUUUGUGGGUUUUUUUUUGUUUGUUUUAAGAACAGUUUUGUGGCCUCAUUCCCUUUGGGCUAUACCUGACCUGACUCCAGAUAGUUGGCAUAUACCUCUAAUCCAUCUUUUGUUUCUUGGUUACCUUUUGUUUUUCUUGUUGCCCUCUAUGUGAAUCUUGUCUGAGAGUCUCCCAAGGGUACAAGCCUAUGGAAAAACUUAGUUCAGGAAAGCCAGAAAACUGAUGAAUCGAGGCAUUUCCACUUGGCUUUGUAUUGUGAGCUUCUUUCAGGUUGUUGAACAUAUGGAAAUCAACUGGCUAAAGUGUAAGUAUUGAGAAAAUAAAAAUGCCCUGAGUGAAGGGAAAGUGCUUCAGUCCUGAGAGGCUGGAUCCCCCUGCAUCUGUGAAAGGCUAGAUUAAUUCUUAAGUGCCUCUGAGUUUUCCUUCAGUGGUCCAGUCCCAGGUGUACCCACACACCCUCACCUUGACAAUUGGUGUCCAACAUGACAUUGACCCCUGUUGUGUGGCUUGAAGAAGGACAAAUGAUCUGCUGAAGAAGGACAGAGGAGCUGACCAUCUUAACAGGAAGCGCCCUCAGGGUAAGGGGACUCGAAGAUCUGCAGGUCAUGGGGAAUUUAAACUCCCCAUCUCAGGAGCAACAAAAUGUAUAUUUGCUAAAAUGCUUAUCAAAAGAAAAAGUGGUAACUAUACAAUUUUUAAAGCUAGAAAUAGAAUGAUUCCUGAGACAGGAAGUAAAUCAGAGAAAAAGACCUUUAUCAAUAGAGAAAAGGGAAAGAAAGAAAAAAGAAAAUCCUUCCCAAUAGAGAAGAGGAAAGGAAAGGAAAUAAAAGGAAAGUUCGCAAUAGAAAAGGGUGAAAUGGUUAAUCAAGAGAAAAGGAUUUUCCCUAUAAAAAGAUGAAAAAUAUUGAAACUAGGCCUAAAGAUUAAAAGGCCCCAUAAAACAAAAAUAAAGAAAAAAGCCUCUUCCCAGUAGAAAGAGAGGAAGAAAUAGCUCUUUCCAAUAUAAGAAAUUGAGGAUAGCUAAAACUCUGAGCUCUUUCUGCCUGUCAGCUCUUUCACAGAUCUGCCUGCCAGCACAGAGUGGCAGCAUCUGAAUUACAAAAAAUCAACAGAUGAGGCGCUUCACUGCUGCAGCCUGAACAAGCACAGCAAGCCCAGAGCUUAGAAUUGUGUUGUCUGUUUGCUUAACUUUGGUUUAUAUGUUUUUUUUUUUUUAUUUUUCUCUCAGACCAGGAAUAAUUCACUAUUAAAGAUCCGUUCAUGGAAAACGUUUUCUGUUUUUCCUUAAUGGUGGGAAUAACUCAUUAUUAGUAGUCCCUUCAUGGGAGAAAGAGGAAGUUUAAACGGGCCCAACUUCUGGUGAGAACAGUUGUGGUCAGGACAUGGAAUGCUAAGUUGAUGGUGUUUGAAUUCCCAGAGAUAUUAAUCAUUCAGUGUAUAGAGGAUGUUCUCUUCUUUUGAUUGUCUAAUAAGUGUUAGGAUGAAUGUUUGAUUUUCAUUGUAGAUAAACUAAAAGAACAGGAUUUGUAAUUUUAAGCUAUAUAUUGGAUAUGCACUUGUCUGUUUAUCAUUACUGAGAGUUUGGCUCUUUAAGUUUCUUUCUAGAAAUUCUUGGUUAAAUUCUUUAAAAUAUUAAAACCUCAAACAGAUUGAGUUGUUAGCUUAUUAAAUAAUGUGGUUGCUAGGAUAAAAACUCAUAGAAAAUAAUCUCUUACUGAUAAAGAGUUUUUAAAAUUAUUUAUCCACUAAACAAAAUACAGGUAAAUUGUUUGAUCCACACUGUUAAUUAUUGGCAAGUUGCAUUAAUGUGUUACUUGGGAUCUAUAAAAAAAGGAUCAGUCUUUUUAAGAUUUUAUAAAAGUACUCCAGACUAUUGCCUAAAAUUACCUCUUAAAAUUCUAUAGAGAUUGUCUUUAAUGCUAUUAUAGAUAGCUUGUGUAAAAAAAAAAAAAAAAGGACUAUGCA